UCCACGAGCGCACACGGCAUAGAGGAGCGUACGGCGCGCGAGUCUCUGGAAGGGAGAUAACGGUUUCUUUUUUUGCCCCCUCUCUACUCAAACAACAAGAACAAACCAAACCUGAUUUUUUAGGGGGGUUUUUACAGAGUCUUCUGAUCACAAGGAGGGAGGGAAAGCGAGGGAUUGGAGCCGCAAGUUUUUUUCUUUUUUUUUUCGUUUUUUUUCUCUUCUCUCCUUUUUCCCCUAAAAGAGGAUUCUGUGUUUCCUUGCGGUGGUUUGUUUCUCUCCCCUCUCGCCGCAAAGAUGAUGGUCGGAGAGGUCGAAGUGAAGGAGCGACCGAGGCCGAGUCCCGACUAUUUGAUGCAAUUGUUAAACGAGAAGAAGCUCAUGACCAGUUUGCCAAAUCUCUGCGGCAUCUUCACACACCUUGAGAGGCUUCUCGAUGAAGAGAUCAACAGAGUGCGUAAAGACAUGUACAGCGACACAGUGAAUGGCCUUGUGGACAGACACCCACUGGAGCUGCCUGACGCUAUGGGACCCAUCGUCCACCUGCAGGAAAAACUGUUUGUGCCUGUCAAAGAGUACCCCGAUUAUAACUUUGUGGGGAGAAUCCUUGGCCCUCGGGGACUCACAGCCAAACAGUUGGAAGCAGAGACGGGAUGCAAAAUCAUGGUGCGAGGCAAGAGCUCCAUGAGAGACAAAAAGAAGGAGGAGCAGAACAGAGGGAAGCCAAACUGGGAACACCUAAACGAAGACCUUCAUGUCCUGAUCACAGUGGAAGACACACAGGCCAGAGCUGAAAUCAAGAUGAGGAGAGCAGUAGAGGAGGUCAAGAAGCUCCUUGUACCUGCUGCGGAGGGAGAAGACAAUUUGAAGAAAAUGCAGCUGAUGGAGUUGGCGAUUCUCAAUGGGACAUACAGAGACAACAACAUCAAAACACCCACCCUUGCGUUUUCUCUUGCAGCAGCGGCAGCCGCCGCUCAGGGCCCUCGUCUCAUAGCGGCCCCAACAGGUCAGGUGUUGCCUCCGCAGGCACUCCGGCCCCCAACACCAGCUGGGGCUCCCAUCAUGAACCUCAUCCGGCCCACUCAGAUGGCUGCCAUGCUGCCCAAUGGCACCCCCACCCUGGUGCCUCCCACACCGGAUGGCGGGCUUAUCUACACCACCCCUUACGACUACCCUUACGCCCUGGCACCCACCUCCCUGCUGGAGUACCCCAUCGAGCACAGUGGGGUUCUAGGUAAGAGAGCCUGGGGAAGCAUGGGUGCAGCAGGUACAGCGGCCAACUUUAGCCAGCAUGGACAUGAGGGCAGCUUGUUUUACCCCGGAGCUGGGGUGCUGGACGCGGCUUCCCUGAGCCACAGUCAGGACUUGUUGAAAGGUGCAAUGGCUACUAAAGUGAGACGGCAUGACACGCGGGUCCAUCCUUACCAAAGGAUUGUGACCGCUGACAGAGCCGCCACCGGCAACUAACACAUGACCUUCUGACCUCUGAACUCUUCACCCAAUGACGAGCCGCCCCAAGCCUGCCUGCUGAUCAGUUAACUGGUAAUUGCCUUUUGCUAGCCUCUCGGACGCAAGUGAGAGAGAGAGAGAGGCGCCUGCCCGUACAGUUACCCUAACACGUUCUGACAAAAAAUAGAAACCAACGCAGAAUCUUCACAGAAACACAACAAAACCCAACAAAAGUUGUGUAAUAUUCAUUUUUUCCCUCUGUUCAUUGAGUUUAAUUCCCGUUCUUUCUCUUUCUUUUUCUUCAUGAAUCAUAUACUGGGUGGAUGUUUGUGGUAUUACUCAUAAAUCUGCACUGAAUUAUAUAGCAAUAAAGACCCCACCCUCCCCACCCACCCUCCUUUAUAAUCGCUCUGAUUUGGUGACCUCACAUGUAUCAAUCAAACUAAGGUCAAUGUCUAUUUGACGCAAACCAUUUGGUUUCAGAGUAAUUACAUAAUCCCGUUCAAAUGUGCUCCACCCUCCUCCCCAUCCAAAAGAAAUACUUAAAGCCCCCAAACUGCUCCCACCCUGUCCCAACACCCACCUAUUGGGAGAGAAAAAGAAAUAGAAGGAAAGAGAACAUACACUCACAUUAACUUGUUUAAUUUCUCUCAUUUUUCACAUGUAGUGCAGUUGUUGAGCUCUAAGAUGUAAUUAUGAGCUGACACAUUCUGGGUGUGCCCCUCAAACAGCUUUCUGUCUGUUUUUAAAAAAAAACAAAACAAAGCAUGGCUGAAAUCAUUGCAAAGAAGCUUUUUAUGAUUUAAGUGUUGUUUUUUUUCUUCUGUCUUGUUUUUUUUGUUGUUUUUUUUUGUUUUUGCUUUACUUUUGAGUCAUUUUCUCCACUUGAUUUUGUAGCUUCUCUGAUCAUAUUGACUAAUUAGCUUUGCUUAAAUUGACUAGCCAAAAUGAGGCAGGUGUUUAUCUCUGGAAAAAACAAAAACGCAAUCUUAUGUUUGACGCAGGCUGCUGAAACUAAGACAUGAUGAAGGGCAAGAUGGGAAGGUCACAAUUUGGGAUGAUGGGUUUGUGUGUGUGUUGUUUUUUUGUUUUUGUUUUUUUGUUUUUUUUUAAUUAAUACUACAAUGAAAGUAGGGUGUGCUGAGGCUUUGGGGACAUUGGAGUAGUGCGUAAAAGCUACUGACCAUUGCUACGCCCCCAUCCACACUACAUCCAUUAUUCAGUGCCUGAUGUAUUUAGAAAAAAAUAUCUCAAUAAGUUAGCUGAGCUGUGAUCGAAAAGACAAAAAAAAAAGUAUCAAGUGUGCAUAUUUAGCCAAAGGGUUUUCCAAUGAAAUAUAUAUCUGCAAUUAUGCAUCUGUCUCACAGAGGGCUCUCUUUGUGAUUUUUAGAGUUUGGAAGGGUGUGAAUUUGUGGUGCCUGCCUUCAGCUGGAACAGACAGCCAGUCAGUUUAGAUGAUUUUUGACUCAUUAAUGCUCGUUUUUUCGUUGUUGGUUUUUUAGUUUUUGUUUUUCCUUUGAGGAGAUGAACGCAGGCAAUUAACACUAAAACAACCGACUCAAUUACAGUACAUUGCUAGGGGGAAGGGCACUUUUGAAGUUCUGUACAUAAAUGCGUUUUAGAUACACACCUGGAAAUCUAUAUUAAGUUGUUUCAUCAGCCACAUUGCCAAAAGAGUGUUUAUUUUGUUUCAUUCUUCAUUUUUUUCUGCAUCUCAACAUUUGGCCAAUAUCUGUUUCAUGUCUUUUUUCAUUUUCAACCCUCGUUUAAAAUGUUACAUCAUUUUGGGGAUGUCAGGUGGGCAUAAUCUGAGCCUUCUUACAAAUUAGUCGAAUUAUUUUUGAAUUUUAAUUAUUUUUGUCGCGAUGCAACAUUCAUUUUUUUAAAACACUUGACAAACCACCCAAAAGCGCAUCCACAAUGUGUCACACCUCCCUGUGAUCGUAGUCUAGCUCCUGAGCCCACACUCUUUUGUUUAACUCUCAAGAAAAAAAUAGGAUGUGAAAGCCAUGCCUGCCUGUUCAAAUUGCUUUAUACAUACGUCUUAUAUAUAUAUAUAUAUAAAUAUAUAUAAAUAUAAAUAUAUAAAAAUGUAGAUAUCUGUCAUUGCAUAUACAAAUACAGAAGAGAACAAAAAAUAGAUAAUUUUACAGGGUGCUGGAGAAGAGAAAAAAAUGAAAAAUCUAUUUUUGGCAAUUUUAGCUUUUGAUACUUUACUUGCAGAUACAAAAUCUGAAGAAAAAAAUAAAAAUAAAAAAAAGUUUAAAACAGUAUAGGGGGAAAACAGAAAAACCGAGUGGGUGAGGACAAGUGCUGUUACCCUGGAUAUGAUUAGAACGGAAGACGAAGACCAAAACAGUCAUAAACCCUUUUGAAAGUUAGCGAGGACAAGAGCGAGACAGACGCCCAGAGAGUAUAAAAGGAUCAAAUCAAAGUGCCUUAUCAACAGUGGUUUCUGUUUUCUGAGUAUUCCAGUUGUGUUCAGUAAUAUCCAGCACCCACCAAGAUGGCGCAGAGAGGAAUGGCUAGUGUUACACGCUCUGAAUAGUCGAGCAGGGUAGCUGCCACAACAUAGUGGCGUUACCGAAGUUACUCUAUGCAAAAAGAAUAGCAGUCGUUUUUGACCAGCUAAAUAUGUGCCAUGGUUUUGUCUUCCUGAAAUGAUUUUAUUUUUUUCUUUUACUUGAUGGCCCUUUACUCUGCUGUAUGAGCAGGUGUCGUUCUCUUUUUAUUUAGAUUUUAAUGAUCAUAUGGAAAUAUUGUGUUUUGAAUUAUUUUGGUGACUGUGACUAACUUCCUAGAACAAAUUGAACUGCCAAUAGCAAAUGCAGUAGUCUGCCAGAACAUGUUUUGAUCAUGAGCUGAGAAAAAUACAUAAUAUUCAAGGGGAUAGAUAUGAAUCGAGGGGUCAGUCCCACUGGCAUUACGCCUGCUUGUUUCAACAGCUGCAAACUGAAAGCAUCCAGUCCAUGUCAAUAUCUCUCAAUGUCAAUUUGACAAUGAAGCUAUCGAUACAAUCAGGAGAUUUACAGUGGACGUGUGAAGCGCUGGAUAAUGAAACGAGCAAUUUUAUUUCACAGCCAAAUCGUUUUCAGUUAUUGAAACAACAGACAGUUUAUCGCUCGUUAUAUUGAACUGAGGAAUUAAUAGAUCCCAAUAUUACCCUUGGCAGUUUGUUUUUUCUAUUUAUAGCUCUUUCAUCAUGCUGUUACACCGAAAGGUCAAAUGAAUUAUUCUUUUUCAGUGUUAUUAUUUUAAAUUGAAAUGCAAUAUUAAAAGUGGAGCAAGUGAUGGGUAUUCAGCAUUUGACAGUAUUAAGAAAAUUCCCUCUGCAAUGUUACAACUUGCUGUGUCAUUGUGAAAGGCUGGAUAAAGUCCAUCAGGUGAAAGGUUAACUCUAUACCUACCGUAUUCUCUCUGGCCUGCCUACUACAUGUAUGAUAAUGUAAUUAACAGCCAUUGUUACAGGUUUAUAAUGUAUUUUUCUAAUCUCAUUUUAUAUGUAUAUUAAUCAUGUUUCUGAGUGCUUUUUUUUUUUUUUUUUAAUGAAACCCACUGCAACUUUUUUCCCCCCCUUAAAACAGCCCUCUCUUCCUCCCCCCCCUUCUCUUUUACAUCUUGAAAACUGUCUCUUGUGGGGAGUGUUGCCUUUUCCCUGUUAUAUUUUGUUUUGUUUUCUUGCCAAUUCCCAGCUUGUUUAACUCAUUAGCUACUUUAUUAGUUUUCUUGUCAUAAGUAUUUUUACAUGCUUGCAUUUAGUUUUCAUGGUGUAUGCUGUUAUUUUUCUUAUUAACCUCUUGGCAUUUAUUUUAAUAAAACAUUCUUAGUAAGAAUUUUA